AUGCUGCUCGCAGACCGAGCAGACUGCCAUGGUCGCGAGGAUUGCUGCAGCACCACCGGGGUGAAAGCUCCCAAGAAUGCCUGCCAACCAGUCCUGCUGUCCAAGCAACCACGGAGCCAGCACGCCUCCCCCAGAUGGGUAGACAAAGCCCGUUUCGGUGACGAGGCGACUCGCGGAGACUCUUGGUGGGAAGGUACAAAACCAUAUCCCUUUGAAGGCGCAGGAAUGGACACCGAGACGGGAAGCGGGAGGGACAAGCUGUACAUAGGCAGCCCGGACGGUAACGUUCUAAGCUUUGGAUCGUCGUCGGGUUAUGCUUAG